AUGUAUAUACAAUAUGCAAUAUUCAGUUUUCACGCAGAUGAAUCUCUUGCUGUUUACAUGCUUAGGCUGCUUCCAGAGUACAAAGAUGCUAAACUUGUACGUACUAGAGAUGCUAGUGUGAUUGAAAGUGCUGAUAUUGUUGUGGAUGUUGGUGGCAUCUACGAUCCUAGCAAGCAUCGCUACGAUCAUCAUCAACGUGAGUUUGUGGAUACAUUCGAUAGCGAUCACAAGAUUCGACUAUCAAGUGCCGGACUAGUGUACAAGCACUUUGGUCAUCGAAUUAUUCGUGAGGUUCUUGGUUGGCAUCAGGAUGAACAGGAAGAUAUAGUGCAUAUGCUUUACAUGAAGGUCUACGAUGAUCUAAUUCAAGAGUACGAUGGUGUAGACAAUGGAGUAUCUAGAUAUCCCAGCAAUCUUGAUCCAGCUUACAAGGAGAGCACUACAAUUUCUCAUCGUGUCUCUGCUUUGAAUCCAUGGUGGAACCAGUCUGUUGACGAUAUGGAUGAGCGAUUUGCCAAGGCAGUUGCACUCACUGGCAUGGAAUUCACUGACAAGGUAUUAUAUCUUGGAAAUGCUUGGAUUCCUGCUCGUAAAUUGGUGCAGGAUGCACUCAAUGAUCGCAAAGCUAUCCAUCCAUCUGGGCGUAUUAUGGUUUUUGAUCAGUAUUGUCCAUGGAAGGAAUAUGUAUAUCUCUUGGAAAAGGAAAACAAAAUUCCUGCCUCUGAGCAGCCUCUUUAUGUUCUCUACCCUGAUACUUCUUCCCAAUGGCGUAUUCAAGCAGUUUCUUGCAAUCCCUCGUCGUUCGAGUCUCGCAAAGCGCUUCCUGAGUCGUGGCGCGGACUUCGUGAUCAAGAACUUAGCACACUUUGCGGCAUUGAUGGAUGUGUGUUUGUUCAUGCCAGUGGAUUUAUUGGUGGAAACAUGACAAAGGUAUGUCUUUUGCUGUGA